CACACAAAGAGGGAGAGAGAGAGAGAGAGAAGCAGCCAGGCAGAGAGGGAGCUGGCGGUCUGGUGGCCUUGCAUAACACACAUUGGAGCAGCCUUGCACGCAGGACUUGGUGUGAGCUUCAGCAGUAGGGAACUUCCUUUACCAUCAACCCUUUGCAGGGACAGUGUAGCUUCCUAACCAGGGAGUCCGGAGAAGAAGGCAGAACUGGAGCAGCUACAGCUCAGGUUCCAGGAGAGGAAAGCGGCACAAAGGAGAGAUUCAGGAAGAGGAGUCCCAGGAAACACGUCUCCAACACACAUACACACAGACAGACAGACACGCACACGCACUGAGAGGCAGGAAGAAUCCUUGGACAUGCUCUGCAAGCAGUGGCUGUGGAGAGACUGAUUACUACCGACAUCGCGGAAGAGGCGGAUCGGUCAGCGAUGAUUCCUCAUGAAAUCUAUGGAGCUCAUUUUGUGAGCUGGAAUGAGAUCGUCUUUUCUGACCUGCAACCUGGAGCUGUCUACCAGUGAACAACAAGAGAGCCUGAGCCACACAGCAUACAGGCUCUUUCCUGCACACAACCACUGAGUGGAGGUGAGAAAAAGGGAAAAGCGCUCUCAGAGGAACUUGGAAGUAGUACCAGAGAAUAUUAAAACCACGCUGGCACAAUGAAAUCCAACCAGGAGAGGAGUAAUGGAUGUCUGCCUCCUAAGAAGCGUGAGAUCCUUGCUCUGGAGCAGAGGCCAGUGGUAGUAGCCACAGCUACACCUCCAGCUGCAGUGGUGACCGAUAGUCCCCACACAGAGAACCUAACAUGGUUGGCAAGUGUAGCCAGUGAACGCUGUAAAUCUAGGGAUGCAGAGAGCCCCAGAUGUCCCAUCUCUUCUGCUUCGUCCUCUUCUCCCUCUGCUUCUAUCCCUGCCUCAGCAACCCCUCUGUCUGCAGUGCCUCUGGCUUCUCUGCCUGCAGUUUAUCCCACAGCCCUUCCGCAGCAGGCCGGGACCAUCCAGCUUGCUCAAGUGGGACCCAAUGUUCAGUUCAUCAGCUCUGGGCCGUAUGCUGGCUACAUAUCUUCUCACAUCAUCUCAACAAACGCUAGUUCCGUGCCUAACAGCUCUGCCAUAGUAGCACAGCGUUCGCAGCUGGAUGGUUACACCACCGCCCUCAUCUCACCCAAUACCAAAGGGGAGCAGCAGUUCCAGAUAGGCCUCUCCCCAACGGAGCUGGCUCCUGUGUCACUACCGAGCUCUCCCCAGGUCACCAGCCAGUACAUCCAUCUGGACAGCAGAACACCCCUGACUGUCAGCGGAAAUGCCAUCACUUCGGCUACAGCCCAUCUUCAGCUCCACCCUCAUGCAACUGUCCUUCCUCAGACACUUACCCUUGCUCCCUCCCAGCUAGUGGUUCAGUAUGCUGAUGGUUCAGUUGUAAAAAAACCAGAGGACCAUGCUAAGGCUGUGCUGAACGGUGAACUGGAGGUGGUCAAACAGGCAAAAGUCUCCCGUCAGCCAGCAAACCAUCAGCAGGUCCAGAGCUAUGAGGCAAGACAUAUCAUCCUGCCUGCAGACUAUGGCCAAAGCCCUGCAGGUCUCCAGACCUCCUUGGUGCUGGUGGCUCAGCCCAACCAUGGAGCUGAACAUGAAGCUGGUUCAAAUAAGAUCUCUCUAGUUCAAACUGAGAAAGGAGGCAUAUGUGUGGGAAAACCAGUGUCUAGGUCUUCUUCUUUCACCUCCCUUUCUUCCUCUGAGGUGGUGAAGUCUGUUGCUCCUCAUACUGUCAUCCAAACUACUCUAUCCCACGAGGAGCUGCCAGCCAGUCUGUACUCAUCCACACAGCCACCCAUCAUUGGUUAUAUCACAAGCACAAAUCAGCAUGCUGUCAGCUACCAUGCAGCACUGCCCCAGCACCUAGUCAUCCCGAGUGGCCAAUCCCUCCUCAUCCCAGUCAGCGGCACCAACAAUGGCACAGAAAUAGAGGUUAGUCGCCCUGUCAGUGCCCUGACUGCUACCACUACCCCUCAGAUAUCUACUACCAUGCCACAUGCCUAUUUGGCCACAGCCCUGUCCAAGUGUGAGACACUUGGGCCAGACGUAAAUCAACCAACCCCAGCCAUCACACAGGCUCCAGCGCUGCCAGUCCUGCCCUCAAACCCGGCUCCUGCAGCGGUAGCAGCUCCCUCCCCAACUCCAGCUCAUGCCUCCACGCCGGCCCCUGUGUCCAUCCAAGCGUCCCCCUGCAUCUCUUCUUCCUCUUCCCCUGUGGCACUUCCUCCAUUCUUCAUGCGAGGUUCCAUUAUCCAGCUGGCUGAUGGGGAGCUGAAGCGUGUGGAGGACCUAAAGACAGAGGACUUCAUCCAGAGUGCUGAGAUUAGCAGUGAGCUGAAGAUUGACUCCAGCACUGUGGAGCGUAUUGACAGUGGGCAAACUCCUAACGCUGUGGUCAUACAGUUUUCUGUGGGAGAGCUCAAAGCCCAGGUGUGUGUGGAGGUGCUGGUGGAGUACCCCUUCUUUGUGUUUGGCCAGGGCUGGUCGUCUUGCUGCCCAGACCGGACCACCCAGCUAUUUGAACUGUCCUGUGCUAAGCUGUGUGUGGGUGACGUGUGCGUGUCUCUGACCCUCCGUGGCUUGAGGAAUGGUUCGGUAGCAGACAGCCAGGUUUUGGGGACCAAGCAGAAGGCCAGUCACCUCUCUGACUCCUGUCACAACGUGGACGCCACUGUCAGAAACAUUACAAGUCCAAAUGCUGCAGAGAGUAACAGUGGCCUCCUAAUGAAGGCUUCGAGUAGAGACAGGCUGGAGAGGGAGCAGGCUACUGGACCAGGACCAGAGAUACCACUGGGACUAGUUCCAAAACCAGCUGAAGGGAUCUAUGGAGCUGGACCAGUGCUGGCGGUCUCUGGGACUGGAGAAGUAAGACAGGAAUUUGUGAAAACAGACACAUCUGCUCUUACCAGAAUUCAGUGUGGUGAUCCAGAAAGACCUACAGUCCGCAAGAGACGCUGGUCAGCUCCAGAGAGAGACCAGACAGAGAGAGCAGAGGAGGAACCUCCUAUGACUCUCCCCAAACCCUCCUUCAUCCCUCAUGAGGUUAAAAUCAGCAUAGAGGGCCACUCCAGUACUGGGAGUGCUUAAACAAAAGAGUGACAGUUGAGAAUUCCCUGUGGUUUACUUUGUGUUGAUCCCCUCUCUUUUCUUUCUGAGAGACUACUGUAACAUAGACUGAUUUUCCACAGUAUUUACAUGUUAUCUUUUCUUUCACACAAAUCUGAUAUCUCCAAUGAAGUUCAGUAGAGCACCUUCAUAAGUAGUAUCACACACGAGAUCAGUGCAAUCAAUGCUGAAAGCAAAAAUGAAUGCAGUGUGAAUGGUGGGUAUGAAUGGCAGUCAGACACUUGAGAGACAAUUUAAUUCAUAUGCCACAUAUAAGCUGAAUCUCUGUUUUCACAUGGCUUAAACCUGUUGGAUGCAGAGCAGUCGGCUGUUCUUCUUAUCAUAUGAACAAGCACAGACCCCGAUGUCAGCACGUAGAAACCAUACUUCAACUCCCAUACUCUUUGAUUCACUAUUUAUUAGGUUUGUAGUGACUUUGCUGUGUGGUAGAAGAGUUGGAAGUUUAGAGGUACCUUUGGUGUUUUAGUGAUGAUGCUCAUUCAUCAUGACCUCUGCUGCCUUGUGUACCUGAUGAGGUGUUGAGUUUUAUUUUAUUGUUAUAUGUUUCAUUUUCAUACCGUUAUAGAUGUACUACUGCAGUUGGCUUGUGCCACUUGUCUGCAUGUGGAUGUGCCUGUGGAUUGCUUUGUGUGUGUUUUUCUUUCAAAUCGAACACAGAAGUCAGGCGUGUGUGUGGCUGUUAGCUGUGAGUUCAAUUGUCAGUGUAGCCUGCAAAUAUUAAAACUAAAAAGGCCUGAAUGUAAAGAAUUGAAUUUGCCCUCAGGACUGACCCAUGCUGUUUGCUACACCAGUCUGCUGAGAAUGUGAUAGCAAUAGAUAGAUAAUUUGCAGUCUUAUAGUUCCUUUCAAGGACAGCAUGUGACACUAGCACACAUCUGUCUUUAGCCAUGGUUGCUAUGUGUAGCAUGUCACAUCUGUACAAAUAGGGGAAAAUCAAGGUAUUUUUGUCUAAUACCUCCAAAUGAGCUCUUAGCCAAUCUGUUUAUGGACUUAGUCAUCAUACUGCAAAAUAAACCAUAGCUGACUAAUAUAGUCUAUGGCAAAAAUAUAUUUUGACCACUGGGAAGUAGUGCAGCAAACUGCUAAGACAAUGUUGACAUUUUAUAACCUGCUACCUAUUUUAAAUGGCAAACUUGCUAGCAAACAAUUGCGUUUUUAAAAUCUAUCAGUCACAGAGAAAGAUUAGCAUUCAUUUAGCGUUGUGCUUCAGACAGCCUGAUGAACUUAUAUCUAGUUCAUCCCGCUUUUAGUUUAGUUGAUGAUUUUAACCAACUCCUGAAAGAAAUAUCAGGCUUUUAAGUUUCUAACUCUCCAUCACUUUUACCUGCUAGAUGCUAACUUUGCUGUUUGGUGUUGGGAAGGUAGUUUACAGUGUACUUAGUUGUUUCACUGAAAACAGCUGCCUGCUGCACCUGAAAUUGACACAGCUUCUGCAUGUGGUUUCUGUAUAAAUCAUCUGCAAAAAAUUUUAGCCUGUGUUUAGCUAAAGAUGAACUGUGUGUAUAUGUGUUCCUAACCAGGUGCGUGUAGAGGUGCUGGUGAACACCAGUGAGGAUAUUCUGCAGCCAGAAAACCAAAACAUUUAGCUGAAAGAUGCUAAAAGAGAAAGCUGGGUAAUAAUUUUGUCCUUUUCACAUUACACAUAGAAAAUAUACGUGUUAAAUUCAAAAUAUUAAUAAAGCAACCUCAAAUGCAAACACACUAUAAGAUUUAAAAAUCAUAACAUAAUUGUUUAUUUUUUACUACAGGUAUUAUGGCCUUAGAGCAUAAGCUUGUUAGGUUUUUACCAUUAAAACCAGUUUUCCUCAGUGAUAGUUUGCCUUCCUAAGUUCACACUAAAAUAGAUUUCUUUAGAUUAGUGUAUGUGUCAUUUAUUUCUUAGAGAACAUCCAAAAUAAAUACCUUACUGUUCAUGCUCAGGAACAGCGUGUAACUGUGUAAACAGACAGGGUGUGUGGGGUGUGAGUGUGUAUGAUUAUAGGCGUGAGACAGUAUGUGCAUGCCCGCAGUCACAUUUGUAUACGUGCGUUCUGAGCAGCAGCACUUUGAUGAAGCAUCCAACAGGAGUACUGUCGCCCAGGCAGUGGUGGUGCCCCUGUUCCUCAUCCUAUUAGAUAUACAGUAAGGAGAAUAAUCAACUGACUGUUUCUCAUCACAUAAUAUGCUACAGGUUUAUCACUGAAAGAAGAUAUUAUAUACUAGGGCAGGGAAUGUAAACACACAUCGGCAAACUAUCUCAACUUUAUUUUAGAUGAUUGAUAGAGCUGCUAUUCAGACAAAGAAAGAGAGAGUUGUAGAGUUACCUAACCAGCUAGUGUUGAUCAUGUACAGUCAAUUAUAUCCUAGAAAGUGUACAGUGUGUGUAUAGAUAUUCUAAUCUUUAUGUCGCCUAUGUACUGUAUGUACCACAGGGCCUCCUUCUGCAAUCAUUCCAUUAACUUGCCAAUAUCAAGUGGUUCUGCCCUCGUUUUUGUCAGUUCAGGUAUUGACCCAAUCUUCAUGAAUGUGUUACAGUUCUUGAGAACAUUUAUAUAAUUUAACCUCUCCAGAAUUGAAUUUGAUUUGCACACUGUAACAUACAGUAUGUGUGAAUAUGAUCUGUAGUUUUAUCAUAAUAGCCAUUAACCUUUUGUAACUCCUGAAAGAUGUUCAUUGUAAAGCCAGUAACCAGACUGUUCUCUUCUGUUUGUGUUUGACUGCUCAGGCUAAAACACUGCCCAGUGACUGUUCUCCUCCAAAACAAUGUGGUUCUAUAUUAAUCACUCUUACAAAGAAGAGCUACUGUUUCAUCAGUUUGUCUUUGUAGUCAUUUCUCUUUGUGAGCCUGUGUUUGUACUUUCCUUAGAAAAUGCUAUUUUUCAAACACAGACCUGAAAUGACAUCAUGACACAGCAAAUCCAUCUGGGAUUGAUGAUGAACAGGAUCAGCUGGUGUUACUCUACAUUUUUCUUAUUGUCAACAAAGUCCAUGAAGAGACCAAAACAGUGCAUUUAUCAAAUCUUCUGACUUCCCUGCCCUGUCUUCAGCAGCCUAUUCAUUCCUACUGAAGAUUGAUCCAUUACCUGUAUUUUUAUCCUGCAGAGGGUUGCGAGUCAGGGCUGGAGCCAAAUGCAGUCUACACUGGGCGAGAGGCGGGGUACACCCUGAACAGGUCGUCAGUCUGUCACAGGGCUGACACAAAGAGACAGACAACCACUCACAUCUAGGGAGAAAUUUACAGUCACCAAUCAGCCUAACCUGCAGGUUUUUGUUUUGGGCUGUGAGAGAAAAUCCACACAGGCUAGGGUUGCCAACCCUCAGGAUUUGGCCUGGAGACUCCCAGAAUUGAUUUAGGCCUCCCGAAAAAAUCAAUAUGGGAGACUUUUGGUGUUUUUAAAAUAGCCUACCAAUUGAACAUAUGGAAGUAAAAUGCCAGAAAAAAAAAUAUAUUCAAAUAGAAGGCAUCUCCGUGGCACCAACAGUGAAACAGAAAUGGCACAAUUCAAUUUUAAUUAAAUUAAUUUAGGCUACUUAUACCUUAUUGUGGGGAGUUUGCAUCGCCAGUCUUCUCUCUCGCUUUGCAGUUCUCUGGUGUUGAGGUGCUGAAGGGACAACUGCUGUACAGUGCAUUAUUAAUGCAGUCAUCCAGGUGGCUUUAAUUUUUAUAUUUUGAUGAUAUGAAAGGCCGUCGGGGCCCCUGCCUUCGACUGCUGCCCAAUCCACUGUGC